UGUCAUCCUUUCUCGAUCCGCAUUCAUAGCUUUGCAGUUGUGUUUUGUCGGCUGCGUGUAUCCUGACGCUCAAACCGUGAACAAACGGCUAUAGUUCUACAUUUAUAUAUAUAUAUAUAUAUAUACACAUACAUAUACGUUUUGGUAUAAUCGACGAAACUGAAAUAGUUAGCAACCAGUUUCCGCAGCAAGUCGCACCACACAUCGAGUUCUCACGGUUCGUUUGUUUGGCGUUGUAUUUUAGCCGGCACACGCGUUCAAUACCUUGGUGAAAUAAUUUAAAUUGAAUUUAUUAUCAACAUGGUUAAAGAAACAACUUACUAUGAUAUCCUAGGUGUAAAACCUAAUUGUACUAGUGAUGAGCUCAAAAAAGCCUAUAGAAAACUUGCUUUAAAGUAUCAUCCUGACAAGAACCCAAAUGAGGGUGAAAAGUUCAAACAAAUUUCUCAAGCUUAUGAAGUAUUAUCUACACCAGAAAAACGUAGAUUAUAUGAUCAAGGUGGCGAACAAGCGCUUAAAGAAGGUGGAGUUGGUAACUCUUUCUCUUCACCUAUGGAUCUGUUUGAUAUGUUCUUUGGUCAAUUUGGUGGAUCUGGUGGUCGUGGCCGUGGCCGUCAUGGACCUCAAAAGGGCAAAGAUGUUGUUCAUCAAUUGAGUGUUUCUCUUGAGGAUUUGUACAAUGGCUGUGUAAGGAAAUUAGCAUUAGAAAAAAAUGUUAUUUGUGAAAAAUGUGAGGGUAGAGGUGGCAAAAAAGGAGCAGUCGAGUCUUGUCCAGCAUGCCAAGGUAGUGGAAUUCAAGUGCAAAUUCACCAAUUGGGACCAGGCAUGAUCCAACAAGUACAGACUAUGUGUAGUGAGUGUCGUGGAAUGGGUGAACGCAUUAACCCUAAAGAUAAAUGUAGGACUUGCAAUGGAAAGAAAGUUGUUCGUGAGAGGAAAAUUUUGGAAGUGAAUGUAGACAAAGGAAUGGUAGACGGUCAAAAAAUAACAUUCAGUGGUGAAGGUGAUCAAGAAUCUGGACUCGAACCAGGCGAUAUAAUUAUUGUGUUAGAUGAAAGAGAACAUCGUACUUACAAGAGAAGCGGAAAUGAUUUGAUUCUUCGUUUAGAAAUUGAAUUAGUAGAGGCACUGUGUGGAUUCCGUAAAGUUAUUAAAACAUUAGAUGAACGUUCUUUAGUAAUAACUGCUAUUCCAGGUGAAGUUUUGAAACAUGGUGAUGUGAAAUGUGUUAUGAAUGAAGGUAUGCCUCAAUAUAAGAACCCAUUUGAAAAAGGUCGUUUAAUCAUCCAGUUCCUGGUUAAUUUCCCAGAAAAAUUGCCUCCCCAAAAGAUAGAUCUUCUUGAAUCAUGUCUUCCUCCUAGACCAGAAGAAGUUAUUCCAGAAUCAUCUGAAGAAGUUACUCUAUCAGAAAUGGAUCCUGAUUAUGAAUCUAGGAGGCAAAAUAGACGUGAUGCCUUUGAAGAUGAUGGUCCUACUCGAAAUGUGCAAUGUGCUUCACACUAA